UUAUAAUCUGUAUAAAAAAAGUCAAUUUGACAUUUGACAAAUGGCCAAGUGGGAUACGGUGUGUCUGUGAGGUUUUAUUUAUCAAUUUCUUUAAUUUUGUGAUAUAUUUUUAACACAAAUGAAAACAUGACACUCAGAGAUAGUCUCAGGGAUCUGGGAUGGCACUUGAGUGAGGAUGGUAUUGAUACUAUUAGCGAAAAUGGCCAAAUACAAGAUGUAAAUAUCCUUAGCCGCAGAGCCCUAGACUUCGAUUUGAGGGACAUAGGCGAGGCAGCCUUUCCCGAGGAGUUCCCAAAAGACCUAACCAAGUUAGAGAAGCCUAUAGUUGUUCAAAUCCAGAAGAUAAGAAAUGUGGCAGCCCCUAAGGCAAACGAGGAAUCAACAUCAGCCCCUCGUAUGUUAAAAAUCACUUUGCACGACGGGAAAUCUUCUUGUACGGGCUUAGAGACAACUCAUAUUCCUAACCUGGGAAUUAACACGCCCCCAGGGACAAAAGUAUUGCUUAAGGAUGAAGAUCUUGAAGUGUGUCAUGGUGUCAUUUGGUUGACUCCUAUGGUAAUCUCAGUGUUGGGGGGUAAAGUUUCUCAUAUGAUUGAGAAAUGGGAGCUCAAUAGAAGUCUAGCAAAACAUACUAGAGGUGGUAUAGACGGUGCAGAUGGAGGUCCACCACCAUGGAUUCCAUUUGGCCAAAGAUUAGAAGAAUUACCAGUUGACAAACAAUUUAAAAGUUUACAAGAGGCAUCUAAACAAGACAAUGCUGAGUUUGAAGCUCAGAGGAAAGGAGCAAUCGCAGAAGCACAGAGGAUGUCUGGUGUUAAAAAGGUAUUUGGUGGAGGCACUAAGCCACUAUUAGAUGCAAAUGUACAGAAAAUUGUUGAUGCAGGAUUCUCUGAGGAACAGGCUGAAAGCACUCUCAAAUAUACUAAAAACAAUGUUGAAAGGGCACUUAGAUUAUUACAGAAAAGAGACAACUCAGAAAGUAGGAGUAAGGAGAAACCCAAAGAGACCACCGACCAACAGACUCUGCCAAAACGAAAAGGUCGAAAUAAGGACAAUGAUGAAGAUGGCAUCCCUGUAAAACCUUCAGGAAAAGUAUCUCUAUUUGAUUUCUUGGAAGAUAAACUACCUAAUGUGCCAGAUAAGGAUAAAAAUAACCGUCGAGAUGCGCCUUCUGAAGACAGAGGCGAAAGAAGUUACGGUAACAAGGAUAGAAAUGGUGCCAAAACAAAUUCACGCUCGCACGGAUCUCGGUAUGAUGGUCCGCGGUACAGGUCAGAUAGAGGAUAUGAUAACCAUCACAACCCGCACAGAGAUGAACGUAAAUAUCAAACCCAAAAUGAGAAACCACCAAGAUUCCAAAAGAAAUUAGAAGAAAAAAACAAACAACAGCAAAUGAACAAUAUAAACUAUAACAAUGCAUAUCUAAAUCAAUCUCAGAACCAAUACCCUGAAAUAAACAUGAGGAAUGAUCACUUUAAUGACAAUAAUAUGGGUCAGCAACAGAAUUAUCGUAACAUAAACAUAAACCCCAUGGACAGUUUAAUUGAUGCAACUGCUAAUUUAAACCUGCUUGCAAAUCAACUACGGCCUACAGAGGAGUUAUCUCCGGGAAGAAACUAUCCACCUUAUCCUGAACCAGUUUAUCCACCAAAGCAGUAUAUUCCAAAUCAAGCUAUCCAAGAUGUACCUCCAUUUAGAAGAAAUAAUGAAAUGCCUAAAUACCAGGAGCAACCAUACCAACGUAGGCAGCAACCACCAAAUGGUUAUAUGGAACCACCACCACAAACUCCCAUGUAUUCAAAUAUGAACUAUAUGGGUGCUCAGGGAGCCUACGCGGGCCGUCAGUACGGCUACGCCGGGCGGCCGGCGGACUUCAGCACGCUGCGCCCGGGCGGGCCCUUCCUGCCGGGCUCGCUGCUCGGCUUCCAGAACGCGGCCGUCAAUGAGCAGGCGCGGGCCAUGCUGGGAGUCGCGGAGAUCAACUGGAAAGUCGGCGACCGCUGCCUCGCUCUGUACUGGGAGGAUAAUAAUUUUUAUGAGGCGGAGAUCACUGGCAUUUCAGCGAACACUGUGGUUGUAAAGUUCUGUGCAUAUGGUAAUCAUGAGGAAGUUCUUAAGUCAAAUUGCUUGCCGUAUCCUACUCAAGGUCCGUCGAACAGCGGCGGGUACCUGGCGCGGCGGGCCUAGUGGCGCGGGGCGGCUCGGGCCCUCCCGCCCCUCGCCGCCGUCAGCUGACGUCACCGCCGCACGCUCCAGUGUCUGCUUGACGUGCCUGCACACUGACCACUUCGCAGCUAGUAAAGCGCCGUUUAGACUACACGACCUGUGGGGGCACUGAUUUAGGACCCCAACCAGUACUAUGGUGAGCGCGAUAUCAAUUGACGAGUCGGGUAAUAGUGUAGCAUAUUCAUUAUCUACUUUAAUGGCCCAUUGCAGAGCCAGGUCUGCCUUUAAGGAAAGGGGAUAUAGCUUAAGACUCACCACGCUGCUGCAAUGAAUGUUAGCAGGUUUAGGGUGAUAAUGAUUAAGUUCAUUAAAGACCACUAUCAGACGUUAAUGAUAAUGACAAUAGUUUAUAGUCAAUUUGAAUUGCCUUCUAUAAAUUAUAAGGCUAGUCCUCCAACUUUAUAAGAAAGAGGAUUUAGAGCUUAGACUCAAUAGAUCUGCUGCUCCAGUCGAGACUGGUUAGAACAAAAUAAAUGAAACAAUUUAUAACUCACGAUCACGACACAGUUGAUAACGCGCUGACUAUACCAAAAUAAUAUGUGUAAUUAAUUGCCUAAUUGAAAUAAUUUACUAAUUAAGGUUCCUAAUUGAGUUAGGGCGAUACUUGUCGUGUAGUCUAAUUUGCCCUUAAUUUUGCCAUUCAGACAUUAGUUAAAAUGAGUGAGCAAUAUCCAGGUUAUAAUAAGUAUUCAGGUUACAUGUUAAUGUUCACAGAAGUGUGGACCAUUCGUUGCAUAUUAUAGUCCAAAAGCGAACUUCUGAGUGGCAAAGUUAUUGGCCACAGACUAUAUUUUACUUGAGUUUAUAUCUGCAUUUACAGAUGUGCCAACUUUCCAUGAAAGAUAUAUAGAACUUUAUUUUAUCAUAAUUAUUAUUUAUUCUUUCCUGAAUUUCAAGUAUGCGAAUGUUAUAAAUACCGAGACAAAGCUGUCAUUGGAGCAUCUGGAAUAUAAAAUGCCUCAAACUGUUCGUUAAAUCAAACAAGUGUGAUUGUAUCUUAAUGAAAAACUCAUAGUCAGGGAUCCGUAGAACAUAUCCGUAAAACUUGGUAAACUACCCUCCUCCCAACUUGUAUCAAUAUAUUAAAAGUUGUUAGUUGAUAGUUAAUACAACUUAAAAGCCACAAUGUUCUGCAAAUUGCGUGGUACAUUAUCUCGUUCCGACGCACAGAAAUUUUUAUGUCCUGGUAACUCAGUUAGCUACCAGAAUUAAGAAUUUUCGUAAAUAAAACAGUUGAUAGUCUCAUCGAGAUGAAGCUACUCAGGAAAAGUUAUUUUGAUAGUAAUCAGUUGUAAAAAAUGUUCUACGGAUCCUGGACUAUCAAGUUUAACAAAGAAGCUUGUCAAGCACGUUUGAUCUUUUGAAGCUUUUGUCAAACAUUACUUAGUGACAAAGUCAAGUUUUAUAAGAAACUUUGUCAAACACCUAUGAUCGCAUCCUUUGGCAUUUUAUUAUUCUUUUAUGUUUUUUGUCUUGGAAAAUUCUUUACAGCAUUAUCUGUGUGUGUCGUAGAAUAUUGUUUUUAUGUCUACUAUGAAAUUAUGUUUUAUAUUUGUUAUAAUCGUUUGCAUAUAAUUUUUGAUUAUGAAAUAAGUGUAUUCCAUAAUACAUACAAAAGACGCAAGUCUGCUCCCAAUCAAAGUUGAAGUUGGAAGUUGACAUGUCUGUACAGAGUUUAAGAAUACCCAUAUUAUUUAUGUUUUAUAUGUAAGCGUCACGCGAAUGAGCUCAUUAUUAAGGGUCCUGGACCGGAGUUCAGCUUUGUUGUUUAUUUCACAAUAAUGAAUAUUUACGACUGAAUACCAUUUUUUUGUACAUUUAGUAUUUUGGUACAUUAUAAUUUGUACAGGAUAAUAGAAUUGGACCAUAAUGGUUCAUAUUCUACAGAAAUGUGGACCAUUAUGGUUCAUGUCCCAUAAUGUGUGGACUAUAGUGGUUCAUAGAUCGGGUAUCAGCACGCACGUCAAGUGUGACACAAGGCGAGAUUAUAAUAAUAUUUUUUUUUUAUAUAUCUUACUGUGCAGCUGCAAUAAAUUUAUUAUAUUUUAUUACUAUCGAAAUGCUGGCAUCCUAUACGUUGUCUGUAUGUUGAUAAUAUGUAUGUUUUAUAUGUCUAUAUCUAAUAUGGUUGUACACAAGUUGUAAAUUAAUUUGGCAGGUCUAUUUGAGUAGUUGGUGAUUUUUUUGCAUAACGUGGGUUUUUUGUGAACUAUACUAUAGCUUGGCAACUUCGUUCGUACCACUCCCGAUCCGCGCGGGCCGGGGGACGUGUAGCGAUGAAUGAAAACCCCAGAAUGAUGCACCUCACUUCCCCGCACGCACGAUAUCACAUCCACGCAGUUUUUCCCCACGUCGCCCGCAUAUUAUCAACCCCGAGUGUCAUAAACGAACUUGCCAAACUAUAGCAGCUUGUUUCACUGCUAUUCAUGCCGGAGUCGCAGAUUAUAAGCAACAAGAGCCUCACUUUGGCCACUUGUGACUCCGAGAAUACGUUUGUCUACAAUAGCUCUUAACUUUGGUCGUCAUCACAACCUAAAAGAAAUGAAUUCAAAUCGUCCAUAUUUUCGAUUCAGCCGCUAUUGGUUGUCAUUUUUUUUAUUUUUUUGGCUGGUGGGAGGCUUCGGCCUUGGCUAUUUACCAGUUUUACCAUCCGGCGAAAGGCACACCCCUUUCGGUUUUCAUCCUACUCUUUAGAUUGCAUCAUCACUUACCAUCAGGUAACUAUCAUUGUAGUCAAGGGCUAACCUGUAAAGAAUAAAAAAAAUUGACUUAAUAUGCUUUGUAUAGAAAGUCAUACAAGUGCGUCCACUGAUUCGCAUCUGACUGAUCUCAUCGAACGGAACGAAUUUUAUCUACCGUAAAAUUAAAAAUCCGUUUGAUGCAAUGCGUCCGAUACGUACGAUGCGGAUCAGUGGACGCCUACCAUUAGUCGCCGAGCUGUCUUGGUCAAGUCACCCAUAUUGCGCGGUCCCUAUAGACCUGCCAACUUAACUGCGUUAAAACUUCGUGUGCAACCGUAUUAAACCGAUUUUCCUAAGACAUUAUGUGUAACGGUGUUGUAAACAAAACUCGAUGUAUAAAUACUUAGUGUAGCUCAAUUUGUAAUUCAUAAUAAUAGGUUUAAGCUAUAACAUGAAUGUUAUCUAUUUGUUAUAUGUUAAAGUGUUACAAUAACCGUAUUUGUGUAUAGUUAUCGUUUCUGACACCGCUUCGCAAUGGCUUAGCACGUCAUUUAUUUAUUUAUUUUUUUUUACAUCACAAUAAAUUAGAUUUGUAAGAAUAUCUGGAGUUAUGGUUUUACAUUGGGUCAUCAUCAUUAAUGAAUUACACGAAUGUUCGAACCCUGCGUCAAGUGUUGAAAAAAAUCUUUCAAAUGUCUGCCAACAAUAAACUAUUCUGUAUAAUUGCAUUUUUUGCGAGUUAGUCAACUAAACACAUAAUGGAAAAAGGUUCAUUAUACAUACAUAUGAUCCAUUUUGAUUGUGUAUUUUUUGUUGCUCCUUAAUGAGAGCACAGUGCGUCAGCGAGGAGCACAAAGCUCUGACAAACUUAAUCCCUAGGUCUAGAAAACGUAGCGGACGGUAUGACAUAAAGACAACCAUCGACCAAUAACGGUGCAAUCGCAAAUAUAGCUUUGUCUUUCGUUGCAAUGGGAUGAAAGAGAGAGCGAUAUCUUCGAUUUCUUUGUCUUUAUCCUUUGAGGCCUAUAAGACUUGGACCUCUACUUAGAGGGUCGUUCUGACCGAUGAUUAUUUAUAUUUCAUCAUUUUUUAAAGUGUCUCAUGGGACGUGUUAUGCCGAUUGGUGUCAUAAUAACGAGCGGAUAUCUUAAGAGUUUUUAAGUUCUAAAUACCAGCGACGUAUUAUAAAAGAACAGGCCUAAUUGACUCCGACUACUUAUCGUAUUGUUCAUACAUUAUAUUAUGAUGAGUUUACCCAUUUCAGUCAAAACUCCAAUUGUAAGAUUGUUUGCAAGUUGAUCAUAAUAGAUAUACUAAGUUUUAGAUAUCUGAGAACCCGUGACAUUCGUUAUCCGUGAAAGCCACCAUAAAUAUACCAACGUAUAUGACAAACAAGCAAUUAUUAAUUCUCAGUGAUCAUGAGAAAUAACCGUAAGCCUUAAAAUACAUUUAAUUAUUUUAUAAGGGACUUGCUAUUUUCCACUCCUGGCAUUACCUGGCAUCUCAAUCCACACAUAAGUCAUCAAUCUAUUCCGGGAAGUCUGGUUAAAUUUGGAUAAAGGAGUAAGAUGAUCAAGCGUCUUUGUUUGGAUGUUAGUUUGUUUCCCUAGUUGUAAAAAGUGUGUGAUUUAAAAGUAAAACUUCUUUCAGAAACAAAAACAACGCGCCAACGAUUAGUCGUGGUCGAUAGUGCGUGAGGACUGAGGAGGUCAGGUUAGCAUAACUUACAAACCGAAACCUUACCAAAUGUACAUGUUAUAUUUUUUUGGUGAUAUGUGAUAUAUGGGCCUAUUCGAAUGAGACAUAAAUUGCAUAAAAUGAAAGUUGGUGAUCAAAAUUUUCCAUUUUUAAGUUUGUAAAUUAUGAUUCGUAAAUUUAUGUUAUACUGAAACUACUAUAGUUUCAAGUUAUGUGACUUAAACUGUGAAACCUAUUUAUUUUCAUUGACGAAAUAUUGCUUUUUGUACAAUUAAAUCUAGUAAAAUCUCAAUAUUGACCAAAUCUUUCUUUGUAGGAAAGCUACUUUUACUUUUUACCCGACUACGGUGAAGCCAAAAGGGUAAUGAUUCAGUCAUUAAAUUAGUCGAAAUGAACUUUAUAUGCUCUGUAUGGAAUAAAAGCAGGCCUUUUAUGCUUGAAUCCGUGAAUGCAGAAUGAAUUUUGAUAUUCCGUGAAAAUCUAACGGAUCUUCGAAUGGUAUACCUACAUUUGAAGAUUUAACCAACUAAAUAUUUUGUUAUAGAAUUGAAUUUAAAUAAAUCAUGAAGUUUCUCCAGAACACAAAAUAAAUUUAACAAAUUUCACGAAAAGGAGAUAAUGUUUUUGUUUUAAUUCUACAUAGACAGUGCGUACUCGUACUUUGCAGUAUCAGGAUAAAAAUGGAUCUACUUUAAUGUAUCGCGUUAAAGUUUUCUCUCUGUUAAAGCAUAUAAAAAUCAAUUCAGUUAAGUCGUUUUUGAGUAUUAGCAAGACUAACGAUAAUCGAAAUCGUAAAAUUUAGUUACGUAAACUGGCGCUGACUGCAAUCACGACUGAUGGUAAGCGAUUAUGUAACCCACACCAACAUACAAAACGCCAAAGCGACGUUUUUGAUACAACGUAUGCUGGAACGCGGUUGUCUAUAAAGAUGCCGAUUUAUACUUGUCUUGAAGAUAUGAAGUUAUAGGAUGCGGGAAAACGGAACCUCAAAGGGCAUUGCAGUGCGUUUAAGGAAAUAGCUUAGUAGGUACGCAUAGCGGUGCAGAUCUUUAAGAUGUUUUAGGAGUCCCAUGAUAGAACGGUGCAGGAAAACGGCAGAUUAGAUCAAACUUUUCUAAACGAACUCCCCGAAGUACCUAUAUCCUGUAGAAUAUCGAUACAGACAAAAUUUUGGCGAUGAUCUAAAUAAAUAAUAAUACAUAUAAUAAAUAAAAUGGAUGUUAAUGAUUCAUAAUGUUGUGCCAAACAUAACAAAGUGGUGUUUGAUGCUUCCACUGCUUGGUUUAUGUCUCGACUUGCCCAGGUGGUAGAGGCAAUAUUCACUACGUUUAGUGUAAGACGUGAUGUGUGGCGCAACUUUUAUAUAAACGUCUUUUCUUUCUGUCCUUCAUAACUUACAUCUCACUUACUCACUCAUUUACGUUGAAGGUUUCCUUUAGUGGUGUUGACAAUUUAUUUUUUUACCACAAUUAGAAUUAAAGCGAUACAGAAACAUAACAAGAAGCAGAAUACAAAAGGCGGCCUUAUCGCUUUACGAUCUCUACCAGACAACCUUAGACUUGGAAAAACAACUGGGCACUAACAACAGUGUACUAUUUAGUGUUUUACUAAAUCUGCAUUCAUCACAAAUGUUAGUAUUUACCGGGUUUGGAUAUUGGGUUUCCCUGCUCGGUAACAUUGUAUCCGAUUGUUGAGUCGUCUUUAUUGGAUGCUGCACAGUAAUGUUUCGUUUUCAUAGAUAUUAGGUGAAACUAAACUAAAGGAUGUAACUCUCAUGCAUUAAUUUAUUGUCAGUCUAUGUAACCAGGCGUUGUAGUGUAGCUCAGACUAAUUAGAUAAAGACCUGCCUCGCAAGACAUUAAUUUUCUGUCAAAGUAUAUGAUCAACGAUCUUAUGCGAUUAUAAACACUGUAUCUAAAGAAUCGAUGUUUCAUAGUUUACAAUCGUGUCCGUCAGUUAAAAAUCUCUGAAAACUAAUAAAAACUGCUAGUUUAGUAUAAGAUAUGUAUGAAAUCUAAGCUCGUUUUCCUUAGAAAAUGGCAGAAAAUUUUGUUUGUGAAUUUGGGUGCGAUACUAGUCCUUAUGUAUUUAGUCUGAGUAGUGUAGCUUGUACUCGUAAUAAGUGUAUUUGUUGUAUUUCUAGCGCAAAGUGUGUAAUAUAUUAUUUUUCUGUUUAUCGGAGUAAAGUUUGAAGAGUUUUUUUUUUUUAAUUUAUAAUAUGUAUUGUAAAGAUGUGUAUAACUUACGUAAUAUCACCAUUUAUUUACAUAGGUUCUGUCCGGACAUAUCACGGUCAGGGUAUACCGUGAUGUCAGGGACGUCACACAAGGUAAAUCGGCAUCAAUGUCUUGGGCGUCCGUUUAUUGACGUCAUGACCCAAAUGCCACAAAUUUAGAGUGUGAUCUACUAUUCAUACUAAUAGAUUUGUCUUCGUCCCUGACAAUUGAUAACUGGUUGUGAUAUGUGUGGACAUUUAGAAAAGUUAUAAAUUUAAUUAAAUAAAGAAUUUACGUUAUCUUUUUUUUUAAUAAUAUUUAGUGAAUGCUAUGAUAAUAACAUUGAAUUUGUGAGUGUUGGCAACAGCUACUCGUGUUGUUCAAAUGCAAUUUGGAUUUCGAAACGUUUACUUUGAACAGUUGAUAGUGCUCUCUCGCAGAAGUUUUAUCGCCUAUUUAUUGAUCAAUAUUUUUAAAAGCUCACAACGAAAUAUUUCUAGUAACUCUACAUCAUAUAAAUCAAAGAUUUUAUUGUAUUAGAUAGAUGAGUCUAAACUGAGGCGAACAAUGGUAAUUGUCUUAAUUUCAUUUAGUCGCAUAGUAAAUAACGAAAAGUUUUUUAAACAAAUAACGGAUAAAAAUCUUGACGGUCUCCGUGGCGCAGUGGUAUGCGCGGUGGAUUUACAAGACGGAGGUCCUGGGUUCGAUCCCCGGCUGAGCAGAUUGAGAUUUUCUUAAUUUGUCCAGGUCUGGCUGGUGGGAGGCUUCGGCCGUGGCUAGUUACCACCCUACCGGCAAAGACGUACUACCAAGCGAUUUAGCGUUCCGGUACGAUGCCGUGUAACCGAAAGGGGUGUGGAUUUUCAUCCUCCUAACAAUUUAGCCCGCUUCCAUCUUAGACUGCAUCAUCACUUACCAUCAGGUGAGAUUGUAGUCAAGGGCUAACUUGUAAAGAAUAAAAAUAAUAAUAAUAAUAAUAAAUACAGUCUACAAUGUCGAGUUGUGCGUUUAGGUAGUGUAUAAACCAUAUAUGUAUAUAUAAAUAUGUAUAUUAUGUAUGUAAAUACAAAAUUGUGUGUAAAUGAAGUAGCUAAAUUCGGAUCAUUUUUGCGGUGAUUUUGUAGGUUAACUUGUGUAAUGGUGUAAAAUCGUUGAUAUUAAAAAAAGCUAAUUAUGAUUUUUAAUUCAUGAGCUACCCUACCAGACAUACAGCUGGCAUGGGCGUAGCCAGGAUUCUAUCUAUGAGGGACAGCUGUAGUUUAAUUGAGUACCUAUUUCACAUUACAAAUAGAUAGGUACUGUGCGUUCGAAUAUAAUUUUUACGGCGAAACCGAAUUGCAGCUUCAGCCUCAGUUUCGACCGAAACCGAAACUUUUAUAUAAGGUCACUGUUUCGUAUGACCUUUCAUAAAGUUAGUUAAAUUGUAAGGAACUUCUUUGUUCUUUUAAUAUCUUAUAAUUAUUUUUUAUUUUAGGAAUUUCUGCAAUCACAGCCACUGGCAAGCUAUGAAGCUCCAGUUGAUUUCUGCCUGUUAAACAUCUAUCUAUUAAGCAUCUAUUGUCGUAACACAGUCUACGAGUAUUUAAAUUAAGUAUUUAAAAAAAGAAUUUUUAAAAUCGGUCUAUAAAUGACGGAAUUAUCGCUGGACAUACAUAAUAAAAAAAAAACAUACAUACAGCCGAACGUAGAACCUCUUCCUUUUUGGAAGUCGGUUAAAUAUGUGGCUAAUGUUCUUAAAAAUUCAAAGUAAAACAAGAACCACCAGCAGGUUAAAUUAUGCUUGUAGAUAUCUCGGUAUACUAACCGAACUACUAGGUAUUUUCAUUUUAUUGAAAUAACUAUGUAAAAUGGUCGCAAAUCGAAAAAUCACUGCCACUUUAUGUAGCGUGUAAUGUUUUGAGUUGUACACUUAGAUACAUAAUUAUCCAGCUGUCAGAUACUCAGUGUGAGUCGAGCCUAAUUUUAUAAGAGCGUUGUUUGCACUUUUCAUAAUGGAAAAUUAGCUCUUAUGCUAAUAUUAUAAAGAGGAAAUGUUUGUGAUAUUGUAGGGGGUAAUCUCUGGAUCUAAUGAACUGAUUUUGAAAAUUCUUUUACCACUAGAAAGCUACGUUAUUUGUGAGUGUCAUGAGAUAUAUUUUAUCCCCGUAUUUUCACGGAAACGGGAACUAUGCGGGUGAAACCGCGAGGCGUCGGCUAGUUGCUUAUAAUUUCAUUAGCUUAGAAACAUUGUCAAGAAAAUACUUCUGCGUGAGAGGACUCGUACUUACAUAAAAAGGUCAAAAGAAAAAAGCUUAUUGAGGUAAGCCCGGGCCGUAUUUUGAUGCGAUACAACGGUUUUUGUAGAUCAUUGUCAGCUUUCGAUACAUUUGUACUAAUUCUCUGUUAAAUUAACUGUUUUAUUAACUGAAAGCUAAUAAAAGAAAUUUAUUCAUUA